UUUUCACCUCUUUUAUUAAACAAGUUGCGUGAAAAUGUAUUCAUCUGGAGGCAAUCCCAAUUAUCAAUAUGCUAACCAGGGUUAUGGUGCACCAUCGAAGUCUCCUCCUCCACUUCAACAUCCUGUUCCCCAACAUCCCAUUCCCGAUUUCGGUACAGCGGUUCAUCAGUCUACGCCUUCUCCCAGCUUACAACACCAACAGCAUCAAUAUCAGUACAACCAAAAUAUGUCACAACAGCCCAUGAUGCAGCAACAAACUCCCAUGAUGCAACAACAGUCUCCCAUGAUGCAACAGCAGUCCCCCAUGAUGCAGCAGCAAACGCCUAAAAUGCAGCAGCAUCAAGCUUAUGACCCUAACGCUUAUACACCACAACCUCAACAUCCAGGACAACAAAACAAUAAUCUUUAUACUCAAUUUGGAUUCAACGAUCCUGCUGCUCAAAUGGGUAUGCAAUUUGCAGGAAGUGCUAUGGCUCAAGGCUCUGCUUAUGUCGAGAAAAAUUUUAACAGAUGGGUAAACAUGCCAGCACUGAGGCAUUACUUCAACGUGAGUAAUUCUUAUGUCAUGACAAAAUUAAGACUGUUACUAUUCCCUUGGAGAAACUCUUCAUGGAACCGUUUAAUAAUGAGAUCAGAGACAGGCCAAAUGGAAGGGUUUAAACCACCUAGAGAAGACAUCAAUUCGCCUGAUUUAUAUAUUCCAGUUAUGGCGGUUGUCACAUACGUUUUGCUUUGUGGUUUGGCAGCUGGUCUUCAUAAGAGCUUCCAUCCUGAAAUGUUGUAUAUUGCUGUAUCGACAUCUGUAGCUGUCGUGUUUUGGGAGAUUGUUUACACUAGAUUAGGCUGUUACUUUUUGAGCAUACCUUUCGAGGCUUCCAUGCUUGAUUUGGUGUCUUAUUAUGGUUAUAAGUUUGUUGGUAUCAUCGUUACUGAUGUUGUGAAGUUGUUAGGAGGAACUGGUUAUAUCCCAUGGCUCGUCUUUUUCUAUACUGGUUUGUGUGUCAGCUUCUUUUUGCUUCGUUCUAUGCGAUACGUUAUUUUACCUGAUGCAGCUGCGGGACCAUCUACCAUGAAUCCUCAACGCAAAAGACGUUUGUGGUUUUUGCUUACUAUCGCAGCUCUUCAAAUUGUUUACAUGUUUUUCCUUGUUAACUAAAAUAAAAAAAUAUUCAUCUUAUCGAUACUUUAAAAAAUAAAGCAAAAU